AUGGACUGCAACCGGAAGUUAAUUGGUGCACGUUACUACCUCCAAGGCUUCGAACAAGAAUUUGGGUCAUUAAAUACAAGUGGCAACCCAGAAUAUCGAUCAGCUCGAGACUUUCUUGGUCAUGGGACACACACAGCUUCAACAGCAGUAGGAUCCAUGGUGAAGAAUGCAAGCUUCCUUGAUUUUGCACUGGGAACUGCAAGGGGUGGAGCUCCAAGGGCUAGGUUAGCAGUGUACAAGGUAUGUUGGGGCAAAAAUCUUGAUGGGAAUUGUGCAGAAGCUGACAUUCUUGCUGCUUUUGAUGACGCUUUACAUGACGGGGUUAAUAUAAUCUCGGCCUCGUUUGGUUCCGACCCUCCAUUGACUCCAUUCUUUUCAUCAAGUGCUGAUAUUGGUUCAUUUCAUGCAAUGCAACUGGGUGUAAGUUCAGUGUUCUCAGCUGGAAAUGCUGGCCCUGAUCCAUCUCUGGUGGGAAAUGUCGCACCAUGGACAAUAUCUGUUGCUGCUUCCUCUAUUGAUCGCGUAUUUCCAACUGAGAUAGUUAUUGACAGUAACUUCUCUGUCAUGGGGGAAAGCUUAAUUACAAAAGAGAUUAACGGAAGAUUGGUGAGCGCAUUCUCCUAUUUUGCUGAUGGCACAUCAUAUUCAUUUUUCAGGGCUUGCUUGAUGGAGAAUUGGAACAAAAGAGUAGCUAAAAGGAAGAUUAUUCUAUGCUUCUCCAACAGAGGCCCAGUGCCAUCAGCUGGAAUUGCACAAGCAGCAGUCUUGGCGGCCAGUGGAUCGGGACUGAUCUUCGUUGAACCUCCCACCAUGCAAAUUGCUGAUGUUGAUAUCAUCCCCACAGUGCGUGUCGAUGUUGGUCAAGGGAAUAAAAUUCAAAUCUAUAUUGCUCAAUCUUCUCAGAAUCCUGUGGUGAAGAUAUUGCCGAGUAAAACAGCUAUUGGAAAGUCACCAGCACCUGUUGUAGCAUCCUUCUCUUCUAGAGGCCCGAGUCCAAUUUCUCCUGACAUCCUCAAGCCAGAUGUAACUGCUCCAGGAGUUACCAUAUUGGCAGCAUGGCCCGCCAAGACUUCUCCAACAUUGUUACCAUUUGAUGAUCGCCGUGUGAAUUGGAACUUUCAAUCAGGAACAUCAAUGUCAUGCCCUCAUGUGUCUGGAGCAGUCGCACUUCUCAAAUCAGCUCACCCUGAUUGGUCUCCCGCAGCCAUUAGAUCUGCUCUAAUGACCACAGCAUAUACAAGGGACAACACAUUUGACAGCAUCCUAGCUGGAGGAUCAAGGAAAGUUUCCGACCCCUUUGACAUUGGUGCUGGCCACAUACACCCUUCCAAAGCAAUGGAUCCGGGCCUAGUUUAUGACAUGAAAACCAGAGACUACAUUAUCUUCCUCUGCAACAUUGGCUACAACAAAAAUCAAAUAAACAUGUUGGUUCUUCCAUCUCCUGGGACUGACACAAGCUGCUCUCAUGUACACCAAACAAACUCCAACAUAAACUACCCUUCAAUCACAGUUUCCAAUCUCCAAUCCACAAUGACCAUUAAGAGAACUGUUAGAAAUGUGGGUAGAAAAACAACUGCUAUAUACUUUGUUAGCAUUGUGAAGCCUCAUGGAGUGGAAGUGCUAAUCUGGCCUAGGAUUUUAAUCUUCUCAUGCUUCAAGGAGGAACUCUCUUAUUUUGUGACACUUAAACCACUCAAGAAAUCUCAAGGGAGAUAUGAUUUUGGAGAGAUAGUGUGGUCUGAUGGAUUCCACAAAGUUAGGAGUCCGUUGGUUGUGUUAGUGAACAACAGCAAUGAUGAUGAUGAUGAUGAUCCUAGUGUUUUUGCAUCUAAUACCACUGCAGCUAGCAGCAGUAUUUAGGGUCCCUUGAGACCCUAGCUGCUCUUACGCGUAUCUUUUUAUGAUUGAAGAUUGGGGAUUUUCAUGUCUUAUUGAUAUGUAUGUACUGUACCAUUAAUCAUCACGUUAGGCUUCUGCCUAGGUGACUGGUUUUCCUUUCAUUAUUGAAUAAAAUCCUUGUGCCCUUUCUUUUC